GGAGACCAUGAAGAAAUUCAACAUCAGGAAGGUGCUGGACGGUCUGACAGCCGGCUCUUCGUCGUCGUCCUCGCAACAGCAGCAGCAACAGCAGCAGCAGCAGCAGCAGCCUGGAAGCCGGGAGAACGAAGUGCAGGAAACGCUCCAGUCCGAGCACUUCCAGCUCUGCAAGACUGUUCGACAUGGAUUCCCCUAUCAACCCUCAGCUUUGGCAUUUGAUCCUGUGCAGAAGAUCCUGGCAGUUGGAACUCAGACUGGUGCUUUAAGGCUAUUUGGUCGACCAGGAGUAGAAUGUUAUUGCCAACAUGACAGUGGUGCUGCAGUAAUCCAGCUCCAGUUCCUGAUUAAUGAGGGAGCUCUUGUGAGUGCCUUGGCUGAUGACACCUUACAUUUGUGGAAUUUACGUCAGAAGAGACCUGCCAUAUUGCAUUCACUGAAAUUUAGCAGAGAAAGGAUAACAUUUUGCCACCUGCCUUUCCAGAGCAAGUGGCUCUAUGUGGGCACAGAAAGAGGUAACAUACAUAUUGUCAAUGUUGAAUCCUUCACACUCUCAGGCUACGUCAUUAUGUGGAAUAAAGCCAUUGAGCUGUCAUCUAAAUCUCACCCAGGACCUGUUGUCCAUAUAAGUGAUAAUCCAAUGGAUGAGGGAAAGCUUUUGAUUGGCUUCGAAUCUGGAACAGUAGCAUUAUGGGACCUCAAAUCAAAGAAAGCAGAUUAUAGGUACACACAUGAUGAGGCUAUCCACUCAGUUGCCUGGCACCAUGAAGGAAAACAAUUCAUUUGUAGUCAUUCAGAUGGCACUUUGACUAUAUGGAAUGUAAAAUCUCCUACCAAACCUGUACAAACAAUUACUCCACAUGGAAAGCAAUUAAAGGAUGGGAAAAAACCUGAACCAUGCAAACCUAUCCUCAAGGUGGAAUUCAAAACGACUAGAUCUGGGGAGCCAUUUAUUAUUCUAUCAGGAGGUUUGUCCUAUGAUACUGUUGGAAGAAGACCUUGUUUAACAGUUAUGCAUGGGAAAAGCACUGCUGUGCUAGAAAUGGACUAUUCAAUUGUUGACUUUCUUACACUCUGUGAAACUCCAUACCCAAAUGAUUUUCAAGAACCAUAUGCUGUGGUUGUCCUUCUGGAAAAAGACUUAGUACUUAUAGACCUUGCACAAAAUGGGUAUCCCAUAUUUGAAAAUCCCUACCCCUUGAGUAUACAUGAAUCUCCUGUUACCUGUUGUGAAUAUUUUGCUGAUUGUCCUGUAGAUGUUAUUCCUGCACUUUAUUCUGUUGGAGCCAGACAGAAACGCCAAGGUUACAGCAAAAAGGAGUGGCCUAUUAGUGGAGGUAACUGGGGAUUGGGUACUCAGAGUUACCCAGAAAUUAUCAUUACAGGACAUGCAGAUGGGUCCAUCAAGUUCUGGGAUGCCUCUGCAAUAACACUUCAAGUACUAUAUAAGCUAAAAACAUCGAAAGUAUUUGAAAAAUCAAGAAAUAAAGAUGACAGACUGAACACAGACAUCGUGGAUGAAGAUCCAUAUGCCAUUCAGAUAAUUUCAUGGUGUCCAGAAAGUAGAAUGCUUUGUAUUGCUGGUGUCUCAGCACAUGUCAUUAUCUAUCGAUUCAGCAAACAGGAAGUGACAACAGAAGUGAUUCCGGUAAUGGUUUCUUAUAUGCUUGAAAUAAGACUAUUAUAUGAGAUAAAUGAUGUGGACUCACCUGAGCUUGAACAAGUUCCACCAUUGCCAACACCUGUGGGAGGUUCUAAUCCUCAACCUAUUCCUCCUCAGUCUCAUCCAUCAACUAGUAGCAGUUCAUCUGAUGGACUUCGUGAUAAUGUACCAUGUUUAAAGGUUAAAAGCUCUCCUUUCAAGCAGUCUCCAGGGUAUCAGGCAGAGCUAGUUAUUCAACUUGUGUGGGUAGGUGGAGAACCACCACAACAAAUAACUAGCCUUGCUGUAAAUUCUUCCUAUGGCAUAGUAGUUUUCGGCAAUUGUAAUGGUAUUGCAAUGGUUGACUAUCUCCAGAAAGCUGUGCUUCUCAACCUCGGUACCAUUGAAUUAUAUGGUUCUAAUGAUCCUUAUCGAAGAGAACCCCGAUCGCCACGCAAAUCUCGACAACCAUCAGGAGCUGGUCUUUGUGAUAUCAAUGAAGGGACUAUAGUACCAGAGGAUCGUUGCAAGUCACCAACUUCUGGUUCUACGUCGCCAAACAAUUCUGAUGAUGAACAAAAAGUGACUAAUUUUAUAGAAAAGGUGAAGACCAAAAGCAGAAAAUUUUCCAAGAUGGUAGCCAAUGAUAUCGCCAAGAUGUCAAGGAAGUUAAGCUUACCUACAGAGCUGAAGCCUGAUUUAGAUAUAAAAGACAAUUCCUUCAGUCGGUCACGGAGUUCAAGUGUAACCAGUAUUGACAAAGAAUCCCGAGAAGCAAUUUCAGCUCUUCAUUUCUGUGAAACUUAUACAAGAAAGACUGAUUCUUCACCUUCCCCAUGUUUAUGGGUUGGGACUACUUUGGGUACAGUGCUUGUCAUUGCAUUGAACAUUCCUCCAGGUGGAGAACAGAGACUUCUUCAGCCAGUAAUUGUAUCUCCAAGUGGUACCAUAUUGAGAUUAAAAGGGGCAAUCCUAAGAAUGGCAUUUCUAGAUAAUACAGGAUGUUUAGUGCCACCAGCAUAUGAACCCUGGAGAGAAUACAAUGUCUCUGAAGAAAAAGAUGAAAAGGAUAAGUUGAAAAAACGGCGACCUGUCUCUGUAUCUCCCUCUUCCUCUCAGGAAAUCAGUGAAAACCAAUAUGCAGUGAUUUGUUCUGAGAAGCAGGCAAAAGUGAUCUCACUGCCAACCCAGAACUGUGCUUAUAAGCAAAAUAUAACAGAGACCUCAUUUGUUCUUCGUGGAGAUAUAGUGGCAUUGAGCAAUAGUAUUUGCCUUGCAUGUUUCUGUGCCAAUGGACAUAUUAUGACUUUCAGUUUGCCAAGUUUAAGACCAUUGUUGGAUGUGUAUUACCUGCCACUUACCAACAUGAGGAUAGCAAGAACAUUCUGCUUCACCAACAAUGGACAAGCAUUAUAUCUUGUCUCACCUACAGAAAUUCAGAGACUCACCUACAGUCAAGAAACUUGUGAAAAUCUACAGGAAAUGUUAGGUGAACUCUUCACUCCUGUAGAAACACCUGAAGCACCAAACAGGGGAUUUUUUAAAGGCUUGUUUGGAGGUGGCGCACAAUCCCUUGACAGAGAAGAACUCUUUGGAGAAUCAGCAUCUGGAAAAGCCUCCAGGAGUCUUGCUCAACACAUCCCUGGUCCUGGUGGUAUUGAAGGUGUUAAAGGAGCAGCAUCUGGAGUAGUUGGUGAAUUGGCUAGAGCCAGGUUAGCCCUGGAUGAAAGAGGACAGAAACUUGGUGAUCUUGAAGAAAGGACAGCUGCAAUGCUCUCAAGUGCAGAUUCAUUCUCUAAACAUGCUCAUGAGAUGAUGUUGAAGUACAAAGAUAAAAAGUGGUACCAGUUUUGAAAGCCAGAAUCCAGUAAUAUUCAACUUUGUCUGGAAGGGGGGGAAGACCCCUUUUUUCUUUCCAUUAAUUUCUUUUAAGACAGAAUUGAAGGAGUAUUCACCACUGGAUAUUGUUCUUUCCUAGCACAAUCAUGCACUGUUUUACCUCAGUCAUGUGUCUUUAACUGAGGAGUAUUGUAUUUAAAAUUCACACACAUACAACUGGAGUAUUCAUGUGUGUCUCAGCCAUGAAUUAACAGCUUGAGAAUUGAACAGGUCACAGAGGACACAUGAAGAGGAAAAGAGAAAAUUGGCACAAAAUGGCAGUGGCAGUCAUGGAUCAGUCCUUUACUAAAAUUUCACAUGCCUGGAGGUUUUGUGCUCAUGUAUCAGCCAUCACUGCUGAGUUUCUUUUAAGGAGAGGCAGUAAAUCAGGGAUUCUGGAACUAGAACAGUCAUAUUUGCAUCAUUGAACUGAACUAUUAACAGCUGUCAUGAACUUCCCCUUUCCUCAAGUGGAUCAUCAUUAUCAUUAGUGAAGAGGAGUUAAACUACUACCAACUGGUGAGACAAAAUUAAAGUAUUGACUACUGAUAAUGAAAACAAACAUAGUUUACCUAUGAAUGGGCUAUUCUUGGAUCUUUGUGGUUGUAUUCUGUAUUCAGACCAUAUUCUGUCAAAUAUAAAACAAGGAGAUGAAUCACUUUUUAUGGAAAAGUGAAGAGAACAUGAAUGAACUCAUUUCUGGAAAUUUUUAUGUAAAAUGGCUAUGCAGUGUGAAAAGUGAAAAACCUCCAUUGUGGUGAGGAGAAUACUUCAGUGUCUGUUGUUUUUGUUCUCAUUAAUUCAGCUAACAGUAGUUUUGACCAAAAAAAGUUAAUUGGUUAAAUUUGUAAAAUGUUAAAAUUGGCUAAGGUUUUAAUUUAUGCUUGAAUUUUUUAUAAAAUGUUUAACCAAAUGUACCUUUGCAUCUAUUUAAUUAAAAUUGCUAACAUGGUUUCAUUAUUUCAGUAAAAUGUGCAGCUCCAUAAUUGGGGGGGGGGGUGAGGCUUUAUUUGCUAUCAGUACACUCAGGUGAUGAGCCAGUUAAAACUUACUGCACAUACUAUCACAAUGAAAAUACCAAGCAUCUAGUGUCAAUAAUUAACUAUAUAUGAAUCUAUCUGAUGACCUAUUUUCUGUAGAAUUAAUAUAUUAUAAAUCUGUCAAUGUCCUUUCAAAAUUUUAAUGAGCCAAAAGAGAAGAAAAUGUACUUUUUGGAAACUAAAUUAUUAUUAUUUCCUGUACUAGGGUCUCAUACCAAAUAAGACCUGCAAUGAAAAUUUAAGAACUGAUUUCCCAGUAUAGUGUUAAGAACUGAAAAGAAUUGACUGAUUAGAUUUGGAAGCAAUCUCACAUCAUUAAAUCAAACUUAAUACAGUGAGAUUCUCAACUGCUGUGUUAAAGCAGUUAAAGAGAAGUACAUAAUAGGAGCACUAAAAUUAAUGUUCAUAAAAUUAAAAUAUUUUGUUCUGUAAGUAAUUAUUGUCUUGUUUUUUCUUUAAGAAAUAGAGCACAACUUGAUAGUAUACAUGAUUUUUUUUUCUCCUUUAGGGUCAUUAAGGUAUACUUCCAACACCUUAACUUUAUAGGGUUUGUGAUAGAUUUUUCCCCCUCUAACCAUUUCAUAAUGAAACUUUUAUGUUUACAUCUCACAAAAAAGUGCACUACUGGACAAAAAUGUUUACAUUCAGGUUGGUUUUAAAAUAUUUGACAAAGACAUAAUAUAAAAGUUGAUCAAACCAAUUUAAAAACAGCAGCAGCCUAUUUCUGAAGAAAACUUUUUAGAAUUUGAAAAUAGCUCGGGUAAUUAACUUGUUAUUUUAUUUAAUUAACAUCUCUAUGAUGAAAAUGUAAUAAUUCACAAAUUGCUUUAUUUGUAUCAUAUUCCUAUAUCCUACCAUUCUGUGCUAUGUUAUCAUAGAAGAUAUUUAAUAACUCUUUUAAAAAACAGUUCAACAUACACCAUGGAAAACGUUAACAGAUUUGGAAAAGUUGAUGGGAAGCACUAAGAAAAAUAUUUUAUGUUUUCACCUUGUGGAUUGUAUUAGUACAACCAUUUAAUAUGCCACAGGAUUAUUUUAUGUCUAUCAAUUAUUUUAGAUUACCCAUCAUAUAUAAAAUAAACUAUUAAUUGUUUUAUUUACUACAAAUGAGGGAAAUUUGUUAAAUUUUACAUAACUAAUAUAGAAAGACGUUGUUAUGUUUGACAUUUUUUCUUCAUUAAAUUUUUUGUCAUUGUUAAGAUGGCAAAUUAAAAAUUAACUUUAAGAUUAGAAAGCUAAAUUCAUUUUAAACAUAAUAUUGGAACUUUUUCAGGGAUUUUCUUCAGUUUUUGAUGGGGGAGACAACCUGUUGUCAUGGUCACAGUUCUUUAACAAUUAUCUUACAGAAAAAGAUGUUUUUUGUUCUACUUAAUCUUCAGUAAGAAAAAAAAGACUACAAUAAUGAUAACAGUUCUUUAUUGAAUAUCCUACAGAAGGUGAUUCUCUUUUGAGAAGUACAACUUUACUUUUCUUUUUUUUCUCUUAAAAAAAAUGUAAAAAGUCACCAGCAAGCCAUGGAAAAAAGUCAGGGGAUAUGUAUAAGACUUCAUGUUAAAAGCAAAGAAUCAGAAUAUUAAAAGUGUUUAGUGCACUUCUUUCAUCUUUUCCUUAAUAUUAUUCUUUGUCUUAUUUGUUCUAACUUUCACAUCAUUGAAGUAUUAAUUGUUUAAUAUGUCAAAAAGCAAAUGGUUUCUCCAUGUAUUACCCAAUUCAUCUCAUUUUUCUAAACUAAAAUUCACACAAAGACAUGUAUGUAUGUCUGUGUGUGUACAUACAUAUAUGUCUGUGUAUUUUUAAUACACAUAUAUGCUUGGAAAGGAAUUUGUGAGACAACUCUCUUAUUGUAUUUUCUGAUAUUUGAAGAAUCUUGUGUAGUAUGUCUGUAUGAUGUUUGGAAAGAGGGGUAUCAUAAUCUCCUUGAUUUGCAUUUUGGUCAUAGAAAAAAAAUUAAUGUUUUGGGGAGAGAUAAAUGAAGAUACAAUGGAGCUAUUAUUAAAUUCUCUUAAUUUCCUUUUUGUUGGGAGUUCAAAAAACUGCUGCUAUUUAUCUGUUAUAUGUAGCUUAUUACAUUUAAUUGCAUUCAGUGCUUUCAAUUGAAGCUUUUUUUUAAUUCUACCAAAUUGUAGAUUCUUUUUAAUGUUACUUGAUGUAAAUACAUGUGUGUUUCCAACAAGUCUGAAAGUGUUCCAUAUGUUUAAAUAGCAAGGUUGGGUUGGGGAAGAGGGUGAUUAUUUGGACAACACCAUAGAUUUCAAGGUUUUAUCUGAUUUGUAUUGUAUUUCCAUUUAUGUUUGCUCAAGACACUUUUCAUAUGACAAAUUAGAAAGCUAUAUCCAAAGGUAGGUUUUUUUUUUUUUUUGUGGCAGAGACUUCUAUUAACUUUUUUUUUUGCUUAAUAAAAAGCACUGAUAUUACCUGAAUUUAAACUUGAAUUUUUUUCUGCACUUUUUAAAGAAAUGAAACUUUUUAUUAUAAUUUGAUUUUUCCACAUUUCCUAGUUCAAAUAAAAUAGUACAUGUGUAUAACACACCAAAAUCAUAGCAAUGAGUCUAGGUUUACUUUUAAAAAUUAGAUGAUUACGAGUUUAAAAAACCUUUGAGAGGAAGUUUUUCAAGGAUAAAAUAUAUAUUUAAAUAUAAAUAUAUAUAUAUACAUAUAUAUAUAAAACCAUUUGCUGUAUGUCAGCAUUCUCAGUCUUAAAUUAUUGCAACACUUUCAGAUUUGUUUCAAGAUCAUACAGUAAUAAUGUUAUAUUUAUACAUACUGCUAAAGAAUAUACUUUUAGUUUUCAAAUGAAAUUUUUAUAUAUGUAAUUUUAAUUUAAGAAAAGAUGAACUUGUUAAGUUUAAGUCAGAGUACUUAAAAAGUAUGUAUAUUAUCCAUACAAAAAGUUAUGUUAUACGCUUAUAAUAAGAAAUAUAUUCGUAUCUCAUAUCGAGAUACAAGUAAUUAAAAAUUUACCAUACUUCACUAGAAAUCUUUCACACAUUUGGCAGGAUAAUAUCAUAGGUCUUGUAACCCUUCUUUUCAACGUUCUCAAUUAUUACGUUUGGGGGAGGGGAGGGAAGGAAGGGGAAAUACCCACAAACAUAGUUGCAAAAUUGUUCUCAAUAGCUGCAGCUUGCUAUUGGAUGCAUACCAUAACUUUUGUUUUAAAUAUAUAUAUAUAUAUAUUAAAUAUAAAUAGUUUUUCAGGUAUUUUCUUCAGCAUUUUAAAAUAAAUUUCCAAAAACUAAAAGAGAGUUUAUGUAUUUUUGUCUAUCAAGAAAUUUCUUUUAUAGUUGAUAGAAUUUGUUAUUUCCGUUUGAUAUUUACUAAUCAGUAUUACUGUGUAAAUUUUUUUCAAAUUUUGAUUUUGGAAAGCAUGGCACUUCUGUGACUGAUGUGCUUUUUUUUUUUUAACUCACUAGUUUGUUUAUUCACCUUGGUUGAAAUUCAUUGCUCAUAUGUUGAAACUGGUAGAUAUUUUAGAUUUUUAAAAUGGGUAUAACAAUUAUAUUUGUUCAUUUACAACUUUUGUUAAUUGAACUUUUCCUGACCCUGAAUGAUUUCUUAUGAAGGGUGACUAUGGAUCAUUUUCCCUAUGGAUAUAAAACUUUACCCCCAUAGAAGUAUCAGAUACUGUAGACAGAAAUUAAUUGUUUUGGAAAAGAAAAUUAAAAAUUAUAAAGCCUACAGUACUUUUUUCAAGAGAACUAAUCUACUUUAAUCUGUUCCCAGUUCAAAAGAUCAUAACUUUGCUUUCUACUAGUAAAAUAGUUUACUAAACUAUCCUGUAGCUAUUUGUCUCUCAUCUCCACAAACCCAUGUGUACAUCCUAGUUUCCUUCAUGUAUGAUAUUCCAAGCCAGCAAGUAAGGAUACUUUUCUGAUUUGACUACAUCUCAGAGGAAUAAUAAAUGUCAGUUAGGCCAGUAUUUUUUUCUGUGAGGAUAAUAAUUGAUAAAAAUGUAUAGUGUAUAGGUUAUGAGUAAAACAGUAUUAAUUUGGUGGGGUUUUUUGGCUCAAGCACUUAAAAUAGGAACAAGUUAUUGUGAUAGAAUAGUGUUCAUUUGAAAUUUUAGGUUUUUAAAUUGUACUUUCAUUAUGACUGGUGAAAACAUUCAUCUGAAAAUAUGCAUGUUGAAAAGUGAAAAUAAACAUAAAAGAAGGCAAUGCAAGUGGGUAUAUUGUGUUUUAAGUAUAUCCAUUUUUUUCUUUGUAAAUAAACAGUACUAUAUUACUUUAGUCUUGACCUCUACUAAAUAUAAGUAAGAGAAACAUCCUGCUUUCCAGUUAUGCUACUGCCUCAUUGUAAAAGCACCACCAAAACAUAAUAUGGUAAAGAACAAAAGUAAGUUUUUCUACCUUAGCCCAUUCACUGGGUAAGCAUGCUUAAAGUAGAGUUCUAGCUUCUGGAUACCUUAGACUGUACGUGCAGAUUUUUUUACUUCACUGAAGUUUCUUAUUUAGUUGGUCUUGCUGAGCCCCAGUUGCUGUCUUGAAGGAAAUUAUUGGAAUAUGCAUUUCAAAUAAGGUUGCAUAUCCAUUUGUCUGUAUAGUUUCAUAUAAACUACAAUCAUAUUGUUACAAACACUGAAAUGUGUUAGACAUCAUAAUUAUCUUACAUUGAUGUAAUUUAACUAUGUUAUCACAACAAAGGGUUAAAAUAAUGGAAUAUUUUUGUAAAUAAAUACCUGUCCAGCUGGUAUUUUAAAAGAAAAAUGUAUUAUAUAUGUUUCUGAAAAAAAUGUUCAUAUAUAUGUAUAUGAAUGUGUCAUUAUUCUGAAGGACUCUUAAUUGGGUAAAAUAAACUACUCAAAUCUCUCCUGAAACAAAAUAA